AUGGAGCACCCCUUGGAUCAGACGACGCUGUCGACCAUUUCGCUGCUCGAGUCGCGUCUGCUGCGCAUCGAGCAUCUCCUCUACGGCUCGUCGACGCCGUCCACAGCGCACGAAUCGGCUCUGCGGCAAAUGGCCGAUUUGGAAAAGCGCUUCUCGAUCCUGACCUCGCGGAUCCGCGUCUACGGUGAUUUGCUCAAGAUCUAUAAAGCACGCCCCGACUUCUUCCAGACCCCCGCCGCGACCGAGCCUCCCUCGCAGCUGCCCAUCGACGCCGUCCGCGCCAUCGUGCUGUCGGCCGCGCCGUCCUUUCCCGCGACCGUGUCCGCGCUCACCGCCGUGCAGGACACGCCGGUGCCGGACCCUACCGAGAGCGCGGCGCUGGUGGCGCUGACGGAGCGCAUGCGCGGCGUCGAGGCGACGCAGCGCGCGCAGGAGGCCGAGGUGGCGGAGCUGAGGGCGCGCAGCGAGGCGACGCUGCGGUCGUGGUACGAGGCGGGCCUGCUGCCGACGUCGGACGCGACGGCCGAGGUGGAGGCGCGCGUGGGCAGGGUCGAGCGGAUGGUGAGGAGAAAGGAGCGGGAGCGGGAGCUGGAAAAGGAGAUUUGA